GCGGCCCGAAGGCUCGGGGCGGGGACUUCUGGCACUUUCUGGGAGCUGCGGGCGGGCGGCUCGCAGACCUUCAGGCCGGAACGCCGCGCCUGCCCGUUUCCUGGGCCCUCGUCGUCCGCGCCGCCAUGGCCAAGUGGGGCCAGGGGGACCCGCGCUGGAUCGUGGAGGAGCGGGAGGACGGGACCAACGUGAACAACUGGCACUGGACAGAGAGGGAUGCCACCGUUUGGUCCAAGGGGAAGCUCCGUGAGCUCCUGGUUGGCGUUGCUGUGGAGAAUGAGGCUGGCCGGUGUGAGAUCAGUGAGUUGAAGCAGGUGGAAGGUGAGGCUUCUUGUAGCAGCCGCAAAGGGAAGCUCAUUUUCUUCUAUGAGUGGAACAUCAAGCUGGCCUGGAAAGGGACAGUUAAGGUGUCUGGUGCAAAGCACAAGGGAUUGGUUGAAAUUCCCAGCCUUUCUGAAGAGAAUGAAGUCAAUGACACUGAGGUGAACGUGAGUAAAAAGAAAGGAGAUGGGGAUAUACUGAAGGAUCUUAUGAAAACGACAGGCACCGCCAAGGUCAGGGAGGCCCUUGGAGAGUACCUGAAGGCACUUAAGACGGAGUUUACAACAGGAAUGAUUUUACCAACAAAAGCUGUAGCAACCCAGGAACCAACUCUUGAGAGGAAACUCCCUGAAAACAGACUGCAGGCUUCUCCGGUGGCACUGGGUGUGAGGAUUCCCACGGUAGCUUUGCACUUGACAGAGCUGUUUGAUGCAACAGUAGAACAGCUAUACAGUAUCUUCACUGUGAAAGAAUUGGUGCAAAAAUUUUCCAAAUCUCCUGCUGUAUUAGAAGCUGAAAAGGGAGGGAAAUUCCAGAUGUUUGAUGGGAACAUCACUGGAGAGUAUGUGGAACUGUUAACAAACAGGAAGAUCAUCAUGAAAUGGAGAUGUAGGAACUGGCCAGAAGAACACUAUGCAACAGUUGCACUGAAUUUUGUGCCUGCUCCGGGGCAAACGGAAUUACGAUUGGACUGUAAAGGAGUUCCUGUCUGUAAAGAAGAGAAUAUGAAAUUCUGUUGGCAGAAGCAGCACUUUGAAGAAAUAAAAGGUUUACUUCAGCUCACCACCCAGAAUGCUUGAAUGAGUUAGGUUUUAUAAGGACCUCCUUUUGUAAGCAGAAACCUGUCCUGUUUACUUACCUCUUCCUCCUUAAAAACUUCCAAGGCCCUUAAUUUAUUUUAUAUUGGGUGAAAAGUCAUGGAGGUGCAGAAUUCUAAAGCCUUGCUUGAAGCAUUCCAGCCUCUGCGCCGAGUGAGACCAGGUGUCAUCUCACCUUCCCUUGGUGUUGCUCUGAGAAACUAGGUGAGGUCAAGGCCCCCAAGCUAAGGCUGGUCACAGCCUGCUACUUGACUGCUCCAGUCGACUUAUGCUUAAGACAAUAAACGGCAUAGUGCGCUACUGCUA